AUGCCAAUCUUUCCAAAUCGCCGUCCUGGAGAUAAUCUCGGUGGAUACAUUCUAGGUCGUUAUCUGGGGGAGGGAAGUAGUGGCCAGGUGUUUGCCGUCAGAGAUGGCGACCCAGAUAAGAAAUAUGCUGCGAAGCUUCUUAACAAGAACGUGUUGCUUUCAAAGAACUACCCUACUCGUAGUAUUGAAAAGGAAAUUUUGGCUAUGAAAGAAAUCUCGGAGAUGAGUGGAAACUUUGUCAAGUUGAUCGAAUGUUUCCAAACCGAGUACGAAAGCAAGUUUGUCCUUAUCAUCACCCGCGCUGAUGGCGGCGAUGUUUUCGAAUGGAGAAGACAUCACAUGGUUCCAGACUACCGUGUCAUCAACAAUGUCGUGUUUCAAGUUGCUCAUGGAUUGGCCGUCCUGCAUAAGGAUAUCAAGCACGAUAAUGUUUUAUUCCUCACCAAAAAGCAACCGUCGAGCGUUAUUAUCGCCGACUUUGGUCUUACCACCAAGUACAACAUUAGAAGACCAUAUGAUUCCGCCCAUGGGUUUUGUGGGAGCCUUGACUAUAUUCCGCCAGAGGCUUGCAGAGACAUGCCAUACGGUCCAUCCUUUGAUAUGUGGUCUCUGGGUAUCUUCACCAUAUCUUUCCUCACAAAUCACUUCCCAUGGGACCCUAGCUGUCACAAGGAUCGUACCUUUCGUGAAUACAUUGGAAGUUUGACUGAGGGCUGGAUUGAUCCCUACCUUGAUGCUGUUAAACUUAAAUCCGCAAGGGAUUUCAUUUCUAAGUGCCUCAUUGUCAACCCUAGGAACCGCAUGACCGCCAUUGAAGCAGUUCAUCAUCCGUUCCUUGAAGAGGUACGCGAAGUGGCAGACUUCUCCGUCAUGUCCUUGAAGGAAGGAUCAAUAGGUGGCAAUAGCGCCUUCCGGUCAGUCAUGUCUGCAAUGGCAGAAAUCGGCCGAAGCAUCAUUACGAACUAG